CUUUCGAAUUUCAAAUAUGGCGGUGAAUUUGAUUCCUUGAAUAUUUUUCUCUCGGGAUAUAAUUUCCCGAGUUAUUGGGCUCGUUAUGGAGAACGAUACUUCAAACUUAGUAAUUAGUACAGAACAGGCAUUGUAUACACUAUAUAGUGAUCCAAAUUUGGAAAACAAAGAUUCAGCCCAUAAAUGGUUGUUAGAAAUACAGAAAUUAUCGCAAGCAUGGCAAGUCUGCUGGAGACUCAUAAGCAAUGACAAGGCACCUGAAGUACAAUUUUUUGGUGCCUCACUUCUUCAUUACAAGAUCACAAAAUAUUGGUCUGAAUUACCAGAGAACCAAUAUGAACAACUUAAAUCAGAACUCAUUCGUUACAUAAUCUCAUUUUCCAGUGGAACUAGGAUUGUUUUGACAAGAUUGUGUAUUGCAUUGGCAGCAUUUGCUAUACAAACAAUGCCGCAACAUUGGACAAAUGUGGUCAAGGAUAUUGUUAGAAUUUUUGAAGAUGCAAGCAAUGCUCAGGGUACUGAUAUGAGAACGAUACUUCUUGAAGUAAUAACUGUUUUACCAGAAGAGUUUCGUUCAUCUGACUUUAUGAGCACGCGUCGUGUAGAAUUACGUCGUGAAUUGCAGUUAUCUGUUCCUGUUGUUGUUGAGGUUUUAGCCAGUGCUUUGAUGUCUGAUACAACCGUCAAAUUGCAGGCAUUGCGAUGUUUGAUCAGCUGGAUACAGUUCGGUGUUACGUUAUCUGAUGUAGAUGUACUAGAAGAAAGUAUUUUAUCUUGUCUUCAAGAUGAAAACUUGUUUGAUACAGCUAUUGAUGUACUUACUGAACUCACGACAUGUCCGGAAAGUUUCAAAGAACCUUCCUAUAUUCGGAAGUAUAUAAAACGUGCCAUAGAGAUGGGCGAUACAUUGAAAAAUGCUUUUUUAUGCAACGACGGAGAGAAAGUGGCUGGUAUUUGCCGUGUUCUUGUAAGUCUGGGUGAAACGCAUUCAAAAAUAUUGAUGAAUACGGAAAGUUCGGAUGAACAACAGUUGUCAAGAAUUUUUGUCAGUUUGAUUUUGGAAUGUACGAACUCUCCAGGUUAUUUUCCCAUCGAUGAACAAUGCAGUGAAAUAACUUUUUCCUUUUGGUGCUCAUUCCUGGAUGAAAUAGAAUAUGCAGAACAAGCUGCUUUCAUUCAAUAUAAACAAAUUUAUGGACCAUUUUACAUCCAACUUGUUCAAGUUUUACUAAAGAAGGCGCAAUAUCCUCCCGAUUCUGAUUGGUCGGGAUAUAACGCAGAUGAAAGAGAACAAUUUCGUUGUUAUCGGCAAGAUAUUUCAGAUACAAUAAUGCAUACGUAUCGACUCCUUCGUGAUCAGUGUCUUAACAUCCUUCAUCAGAAGCUUUCAGAGUCUUUGUUAGCAUCUCACACGUCUUGGCAGGUGGUAGAAUCAAUUCUUUUUAUGAUACAGUCGGUGUCUGGAUAUGUUGAUGCAACUGAAGAUACAUAUUUGCCUGCUAUUUUGGAUAUGCUUCCUAGGAUACCUACUCAUCCUUAUGUAUCCCAAACUGCGUUGCUAAUGAUUGGAUCAUAUUGUGAUUGGUUGAAAUGUCAUUCUAUGUUACUGAAGUCAGUGAUUCCUGUGUUGCUGUCGAGUAUAUCUGAGCCCACGCUUACACCCGCUGCUACUCAAGCGCUGCGUGAUAUAUGCCAGGAGUGCUCACAAGACCUUGAUAAAGAAAGUCAAUUAUCAAUUAUAAAUAAAUGUCAGAUGUGGUUAAACAGCCCCAUUCUUAAGGAGCGAGAGCAAAUUCGUUGUAUGGAAUGUUUAGGUCAUGCACUUGCUGCUCAAUCGAUCGUCGAUAUAAUGAAUUCUUUAGACGCAAUCAUCUCGCCACGUGUCCUGUUUCUAACAGAACUUGCUGCCACAGAGUCAUCGCCAUCAAUGAAAACUAAAGUUUACGUCGAGUUACAAUUAUUUACAAUGUUGUUCAAGUGUCUCAAUCCUGAUGAUAUUGGAGAUAACCAACAUCCAGUGCUGCUCAUCUUAGCGAAAAUAUUUUCAUCCUUAGCUGAAUUGGGAAAGAAAUGGAUAAAUGAUGAAGACAUUAUUCAGGUUAUCUGUUUGUGCCUGGAAAGAGCAUUGGAUACAGUACGAGAGAAUAUGCAAAGUUUGGUUCAAAGCUUAACUGAACUGCUUGUUGAUCUUCACUUAAAAAUUCCACGUAGUUGUGUCCUAGACACGAGUGUUAUGGUUCUGGGAAUAUACGCCAAAGAAAGUCGACUACAUAAAGUCAUGUUGAAUUUUUUCGAAAAAAUGACGUUGGUCACAUUGGAACUUUUGAGUAAAGAUUUUUCAAAUAAUCCUGACGUAAUCCAAUCGUUCAUGCAUUUUCUCAGUCGUGCUGUACGAAGUAAUCCUGGUAUCAUGUUUGCAACGACCAACUUACAUAGUAGCUGUUUCCAAUGUGCAUUAAUGGCUCUCACUAGACAAGAGCAGCACACAGUAAAAGCAGCGUGCGCAUUCUUUGUCGCUUUUAUACGAAGCUUUGAAACCCAAGAAAAAGUGAGAGAAACUUUGGUAAACUAUGGGAAAUUUCUCGUCAAUCAAGUACUUCAGGGUGUUGGUGGUCGUGUUCCACGCUCUAAUAUGGAUGGUCUUGCUGAUAUACUUAUGGCUUUAAAUCUUAAUUGUGUGACGUUGUUAUCGUCGUGGCUACAGGAGUUACUUCGUGCCGAAGAUUUUCCAUCAAAAUUAGUCACAUUAAAACAGAAACAACACUUCACGAGUUCUUUAUUAAGAGAACGUGUACAUAAAAGAAGAUUAAAAGAAGCAGUGAAUGAAUUUUCAUUAAUGUGUCGAGGAUUACAUGGAACUGUGUACGCUGCUGUAACUUCUUAAAGUUACAUAUAAAUGAAAAUAAAUUAACAUUUUAUAUAGAAAGAUAGAUAGACAAAACAUUACCUUUAUUAGUGGUCAAUUCGUAUAUACAUAUGGACCAUCAUAUAGACAUUAUAUGACCGCUGUGGCAUCCAUACAAAAAUAACACUUCUAGUUAUUAUAUGAUACAUGAAACAAACAAACCCAAUCUUUCUUUCAAAAUCCCGAGAAAGUUUUACGUUCAAUGUUUUAAAGACCUAAACGCUUGAUUUUCUUAUUCUACGUAUGUAUAAUUUUGUUUGGUAAAUAGUAUAUAUAUAUUGAAUGUUUAUACAUUGAAAUAAAAAUAAAACCCUUGAAUUCAA